AUGAGCGAUUCCGAAGGGCACAUUGAUUUUCAACUCUACCGUUAUACGCCCUCUUUACCUGCCGCUGUUAUAUUCAUUGUCUUGUUCGUUUUUACGACAGCCUACCAUAUCUAUCAGCUCGUGAAAAGCCGCGCCUGGUAUUUUAUUGCCUUCGUCUUGGGAGGUAUCUGUGAGUCCUCCAUCAUAUCCAAAUCCAGGCCCGAGUCACACUCAGCUGACCACAACUUUAAACACCUUUCAGUUCAAAUUAUCGGAUACAUUGCACGGGCUAAAGCGCACUCCGACACUGAAAGUGUGCCCAUCUACUCGAUCCAAACCAUCCUUAUCCUACUCGCCCCUCCUCUAUAUGCUGCGUCAAUCUACAUGGUCCUUGGAAGAUUGAUUGUACACCUUGGCGCUGAAAGCUCGAGUAUAGUUCCAUUGAAAUGGAUGACAGGCAUCUUCGUGACGGGUGAUGUGAUUGCAUUCAUAAUGCAGGCAGCAGGAGGCGGAAUUAUGGCAAGCGGCACAAUCAGCGCAAUGAAAACAGGAGAACACAUAACGAUAGGCGGUCUGUGUGUGCAACUAGUAUUCUUCACAUUUUUCGUCAUCACAUCGAUCAUCUUCCACCGACGCAUGCGCCAAAGAGCUACCAUUCACCCCACUGAAGUAAGAGAUUCCCAUGGUCUGGGUAUCAGUCGCAGCUGGGAGUCUGUGCUGUGGGGCCUGUAUAUUGCCAGCAUCUUGAUUCUGAUACGAUCGGUUUUCCGACUGAUCGAAUACGCUCAAGGCAAUGAUGGUUAUUUGAUUAGCCAUGAGGCUUUUAUGUAUGUCUUUGACUCGACGCUGAUGUUUUUUGCUAUGGUUGCGAUGAAUGUGUUCCAUCCAUCUAUCAUUUUAUCGCCUGUCCGCAAGGAUAACCGGCAUUCGCUUGAAGCUCUUCGGUCUGUGGGCUGA